CUUAGUAAUUAGCACUUGCCUGGCUUGAAUUAACGUAAAUUCAUCGAUAUUUGUAGUGUUUUUAUCAGUUGCAUAAUCAAAAUUGACGAUGGUAAACUAAGAGAGCUUAACAAUAUAUGUAGAGAGAGCGGAUGAGGAAAAUGUAGCGUAUUAAUAAUAACUUGAAGGUACUCGUUCUUAUCGAUCGAUGUUACCAUGGGCAACAUUUGUAAAAGUGCCACAUCAAAAUCAAGUAAAAUUGAAUAAGAAGACUUGCGGAAAUUAUACCAAAUGUGUGCGGAAGUUAAUCUUCCUUGUUUUGCAAAUCGUACAAAAUACUUUGUUCAUAAUUUCGUGUAUUUGUAAAGAUGCCGUUCAAAAACCUUCUCCUUCCCUUUUUUUCGGUGAAUUUUUUUUCAUAUAGUCUCUCUUUCGUAUAGGUUAGAGUCUUUUGUAUGUAAAUUAUUUAGCAUAUUUGGCAUUGAAUAAAUGAAAUGGGUGCAUUGACUGUACUUAAUAAAUUAAUUAUAUAAAUAAUGUUAAAUGCAGUGCAUGCGGGUCGUACUGCACUUGUUAUAUCUUCUAACGAUAACUCUUCCAAGAAAUUAUGCAACAUGCAUGUGGGAAACAUCUUUAAUAUGCUAAUAAUUUGCAAACUGUGCUUAAUUAUUAUUCUUUAAGGAUUCCGUAUUUUCGUAAAUGUAUAUUUUGUUCAAGUAAACACUAUUUCUAUAUCAAUUUGGGUCUUGAUAUUUGUUUUUAAAUGUUUGCUUAGGUCUAGUUGUGUAGAUUAUAAUGAUUGUAGAUUGUAGGUUGGUUAGGUAUUUGCCGCAACUAUAGCCGUUAAUUGAUUACUAGGAGAUUAGUGUAGAUUUCAUAUAUUAAACGUUUCAAGUAUUAUGCUUUUACGAUUUAUCUUAUUUUCUCAUUAGUGCUGGCUAUAUUUUUAUUGAUAAUUUGUUAAAUAAUUUGAUUAUGUUUAUUAGUGAUCGAUCAUCGACGGGUGCUGGAGUGACGGAUGGGCCGCAGGCGACAAAUGACAAUGGUGGUCGGGGGAGGCGCGUGGGCGCUGCCACUCGGCAGCCAAAAUCUGCACUUUCCUUCGACUUUCUCUCGGAGGUGCGAAAGGUAUUCACCGGGGGCACGCAAUGCUUGUUCAGUAGCGGCCGAGGCAUACGUACGCGUUCUAAUCUCCGGCGCGGCGUCGCAUCACUGCAUAUCCGAUAUUCAAAGCACCUGCAUACUUCCGUGUUUAUAAGCGUUGUGGCGUGUGAGGUGAGCGGAUUUGCCUGGUGGCGUGUGCGCUGUGAUGUCGGAGGGCGGCAGGGCGGCCAUGGCUCGAGGUCACUCGGCGCUCGUUGUAUUGCUGUGCGCUCUACGCGCUACUACGCCUGCGCGUUUUCCUGAGGUCCUACCGCUACAAGGCUGGUUUGAGGGGCAGGAUGCGGGGGAGGCGGAGAUGCAAUUGGUGUACCUGCCAGCACUGCUGCCGCGCGAGGCACAGUCCGCAGGCGACGCCGACGACCGCGAUGUGCCGCUGCCCUACAAGUUCGACGCUUUCGGACGGAGCUUUGACUUACGAUUGCUACCCAACCGCGGGCUGGUGUCACCGCAGUUUGCUGUGUGGUCAGAAAACGGGGAAGAGGCGCCUCUGUCGUCCAUCGACACUUCUUGCCAUUACCUGCAUGCCGGACCCAACACUGUUGCCGCGUUUUCUGCUUGUAGAGAUCAUGCGCUUCAUGGAUUAAUAGUGACUGAUAAUUCGACAUACGAAGUGCGUCCUUUGCCUCACGGCGCGGGUCGUGCACAAGAUGGCGGCGGGCGCCGAGCCCACGUGAUUCGGCGCGCGCCCCCGCCCCCCGUCUCAGCCGGGGACGCGCAGUACAUUCGCCCGCGAGUGCGGCGGCCGCGUCAGCCUCGGUUGCACGCCAACUUGCCCUCCAAGUACACUAUAGAAAUAGCCCUGUUUCUUGACGAAGCCGGCUACAAACUCUUCCAUCCCUUCCUUAACCAUAAUGAAGGUGAUCUUCGUGAUAUGCUACUCGCAUACAUCAAUGGAGUCCAAGCUUUAUACCACCAUGCUUCAUUGGGAACCAGGAUCCAGCUGUCGUUGGUGCGGCUGACACUGCUGCGCUCACAACCCAGCGAGUUGCCGCCGUACGCCGAGAGAGGGCGUCUGCUCGAUUCAUUCUGCGCGUACCAAAAGUCAUUGAAUGUCGACGACGAUGAUGAUCCUCAGCAUUGGGAUAUGGCACUUUUACUAUCCGGGUUGGACUUUUACUCGGAGGAAGGCGGUCGCCGUAACGGAGUGACGAUGGGCCUGGCGCCGGUGGGCGGCGUGUGUCUGCCGGCGCACGCCUGCGUUGUCUCCGAGUUCGGUGCCAGCGACCUGCUGGGCCGCCCCUACCCCUCAGCUGGGUUCACCUCUGUUUACAUACUCGCGCAUGAGAUAGGACACAAUCUGGGUAUGCAUCACGACGGCACGGGCAAUGCGUGCGCGCGAGAUGGCUACAUAAUGUCGCCUUCACGCGGCACGCACGGCGAGGCUUCCUGGUCCCGCUGCAGCGCAAAGGUUGCCGCAGACCUUCAAUGGGCAACGUGUCUAUUAGACGGCUCCGACGAUGACGAAGACAUACCUGAACAGCUCCACCACGAGCGCUUCGGCGGCGCCCCGGGGAUUGUGUGGGAUGCUAAGAAGCAGUGCGAGGUGCUGCUGCGGGACGUGGACGCGGCGCCGGUGGAGGAGAGCGGAAGUGGCGGGAGAGGCGGAGGCAGCGCGGCGCAGUGCGCGCAGCUGACGUGCCGCUCGCCGCACCGCCUCGGCUUCUACUACGCUGGCCCGGCGCUGCCCGGCACGCCCUGCGGACUGCGCAAGUGGUGUCAAGGCGGGGAAUGCGUGGCGGCGGAGCAGUCGCCGGAGGCGGACAGCCCGAAAUUUAAUGUGCAGGUGUGCGGCAAGAAGAGGCGUGUGAGUGCGAACGAAUACGCGGCGCGGCGCUGCGCCGAGUACGCGGCCCGCCUUCCCGCUCUCGACGCACGCGGCGGCGGACUGCAGGCGCCGCACGACCAGUCUCGUAUGUGGAUGGGCUGCGCGAUCUUCUGCCGUCGCGCGGCCGGCGGUGGUUUCUACGCGCCCCGCGUCGAGCUGAACGCCGCUGGCCUCGACCCUUACUUCCCCGACGGUACCUGGUGUCAUAACGACGGAUCUAAUGACUACUUCUGCCAACAACACCACUGUUUGCCUGAGAAUUUCAAAAUGACACCGCAGUGGCACGUUUGGGAUUUACCGAGUCAAGAUAUUGGGGGUCCAUUCAAUGCUCGAGCGCGAUCAUUUGACGAUGACCAGGAGGCAGCAAUGCGAGCUUAUCACACAUUGAACGAGGGCGGGAAGCCCCUCGCGAGAGCGGCAUUGCCACCCCAAGUGCCAGAGGAACCCGAACACAACUGGGAAGUUAUUGACUAUAUUGAAAUAAACAAUCGAACCGACUCCGUUUACGUCGAAACUUAAUGUAUUAAGAAACACAUUUUUCUUGCCAAACGUAUUUUAAUAGCUUCAUUAUAAUGUCGGUUUGUUAGUGGAUUUAAGUUAGGCGCAUCACGUACAUGUCCUUAGUAACGCAUAAAUCUUUAGAUUUACGAUUCAACCGAGUCGUAGAUAUAAGUUACAAUGAUACUUAAAUUCUAAAUGUAUGUAAUGUACUUACGUUUGAUAUGAUCAAACACGCAUUUACUAAGUUAAGGUUUUUUUCAGUAUUAAUAAAUAGUAAGGUUAGAAGUCGUUAGUGGUUUUCGUACAUAUUUGACCUAUUACAGUAAGUAUUAGGUAGGUCUAAAUUUUUUAGUAUUAAAAAGAGUUAUCGAUAGUUUAAAACAAUGCAUUUAUUUCGUUAGGUUUAUUAACAAUUAUAUUAUGUGAAAAUGAAAAGAGAUGCUAGU